AUGAGCAGAAUGAACAAAGAAUUGUAUAAAAAGUUGUUAAUUCCAGCGAAACAUAAGCCGAUAAAAAGAAACAAGUAUGUUAUUAAAACUACGACAUCACCGCUAAUAACGAAUUUUGAAAAAUGGAGUGGUAAGAAAAUCAAAAUAAAUAGGGAUCAAAUUGAAUCGAUUCACUUACAAGAAAAUAUCUUUGCAAGGAUUUUGGCCUCUCCAGUUAGGUUUGAUCGAAUUAGUAAAACUAGAUUGCCUAAUUUAUUGUUGAGUCAAGUUAGUUUAGAUAUGAAAAAUAAAAAAAUUAGUCUAGAUCAAAUGAAACACUCAAUUGGACAACAUUCUUAUAUAUUAAAUUCAUUAAAUCUGAUUCAUAAAAACAUUAAAGCUCCAGUAAAUGUGGUUCCAUUACACAUACUAUCUUCAAAUAAAAUUAAUUUAUCUACGUUAAAAAUGAAUAUUAGUGAACUAUUAGAAUCAUAUCGGGCAGAAGUUAUAGAAAUGUUAACAAAACAGCUUACUGGAUUAAAGCCUACCCCGAAUAGUGACGUUAAAUUAGUCUAUGACAAACGUAACGUUAAAAAAACGGUAUUUUGGGGAAAAGAUCCAAAUGGCAACACAGUGCUGUGUUUUAAUCUAUCCCUAUUGAACAAUUAUGAGUCUUUGCAUAAAGCCUGGAAGCAGGAUUCGAUAACCAUAUUCUCAAAAGAAAACUUGAACUUGUUGAUCCAAAUUUAUAGAGCAUUAAAAUUCCUCGAGUAG